UUUCCAAAAAACAUUAUUUUGUUUUAAGUCAAAAAUAUAUAUCCAACAGUAUCAAAACAAAAACAAUUAUUUUCCAUUACAAUCGUGGUUUGUCAUAAAUUCUUACUAUGGGUGAUAGAAGAUCGAAAUUUGAUAAUCCGGAGCCUCAGUAUUCAAGACUCUUUAUAGUCUGUAGUAGAGAUUCUACAGCUGACGACUUUUAUAAUAGUUUCGAUAAAUUUGGGACUAUUGAAGAUGUUCGGUUGGUUCGAGACAGGAAUACUGGCGAAAAUAAAGGUAUUGCCUAUGUAAAAUUCUCAAAGACUUCAGAAGCUGCAAAGGCUUUGAAAGAGAUGAACGGUAGAUGCGUUGGGAAUUCUUCACGACCACUUAAAGUAUUAGUAGCUAACAGUCGCGAUGAAGGUUCAACAAGAGACUCCAAUGAAGGUGAAAAGUACAUUCGUCUCUUCAUAGCAAUUCCAAGGUCCAUGAACGAGGAUGAUUUGCAAAAUAAAUUCAAAGAAUAUGGAACAAUAGUUAAAAUCAACUUAUUACGAGACAGAGAUACGCAACAAAGCAAAGGUUUUGCCUAUAUAACCUUUUCCAGUUUUAUUGAAGCAGCCACUGCUUAUGAAAAUUGUGAUAGAUCCUAUAAAGCUGUUUUUGCUGAACCCAAGCCUAGCGCAAAACGUGAAAGGAGUUAUGAUCGAGGAUAUGAUAGGAGCUAUGAUAGAAGGGAUGCUCAUGAUUAUCAUCCAGUAAGCAAAGGUUCUCGUAAUGAACCUCCUGGUCAACUUUUGGUAACCGCUAGUCCUUGUUCUAAUCAGGAUCAACUUUGGAGACUUUUUGAUUUAAUACCAGGUCUCGACUACUGUCAGCCCAUAAGCAACAACAAUGUUUAUUCCGUUGUAUAUAAUUCAGUGGCUUCUGCACAAACAGCUCGAGAUAAACUACAUGGAUUUGAAUAUCCACCUGGUUACAGACUAAUCGUCCGAUUUGAUGUAGAUAAUGGAAUGGAGCAUUCAAGAUACAAUCCUGGAAUCCGUUCAAUGAUGAAACGAGACAAUGACCGACCAGAUCUUGCACAACUUGCUGAAACAAUAGCACAAGCUACUAGUCUCAUUCAAGCGGCAGGAUUAAAUGUAAAUCCUGCUACUUUAUUAGCAAAGUGCACAGAAGACAACAUAAUUGACUCGCAGUGCAGUGUAAAAUUACCCAACCCACAACCCUUAGUCUCAAUCGACACUCCCCACGUCAAAAGAUGCUUCAUCGUUUGCAGUCCAAGCCCACCACCCAUAUUUAUGCUGAGAGAUGUGUUCAGCAGAUUCGGCAACCUGAUUGAUGUAUACUUACUCCAACGAAAGAAUGUUGGAUAUGCUAAAUAUGCCACUGAAGAAAGUGCAGAUGAAGCUAUUCGAGUUUUGCAUGGAUGCGAGAUUGCAGGUGUUCGUAUUAAAGUCUUGGAGGCUGAUGAAAGGAAAGACCGUUUCGGGGAUAGAUCAAGACGUCGCAGUAUAUCACCCAAUAGAGACGACUAAGAUGGUUUUAAAAACAUGACUACAAUGAUGACUGAACAACUUGCAUUACAAUGAAAACAUGAACUCGUCAACAACUAAAUACACACACGAAAAGGACACAAGGAAUGGACAUAUGAAAUAUGAAAAACUACGAAUGUCGGAGGAUGACUACUUUCUUUAACAAAGACUACUUGACAGAAUAUAAUAAUGAUUCGUUUUUUAAAAAAUAACACAUGCUUCUUGUAAUGACAGUGCGACACUUUACUAAGCAUGCUUUUAUAAUAUAACAUAUAUAUAAAUUGUGUUAAUAGAUGUAUUUUCAGGACUGGUGA